UGCAUGUUUUCGAGAGGGGAGGAUCCUUUGAUAGACGUGUCAUCUGGCCGUGAAGACAAUCCGAAUAGUCAAGCGAGUCUUUUGUUAAUUUCUGUGAGGUAUCCUGUAUCUCGUCAAUUUUGGACAACACCAUUAUUAGGCGACAGUUCAUUAGAACCGAAAAGUUUUACUUAUUUAUUAGAUUGUUAUUCAAGAAUUGCAAUUGAAGAAAGAAAUCAUGAAAAGCAAUCCAGUGUACUUCUCUCCAAUACUCUUUCCGAUGUAGUGACAAUUUUGAAAGCGCAAUGUGUUCAGUAUAGUUCCAGCCUCGUUCUACAAGGGUUAAUUGGCAUUUGCCAAGCUGCUAUCGUACCUCAUUGGACCAUUCAUUUUUUCUAUCGGAUAUUAUCGCAAAACUUACCUCUGGGCUAUCUUCGCGAGCUCGUGGCUAGGACAUACACGAAUAUGAACAUGUUCGAUAACAUUUUCACUCCAACAACUGUACAACUGUAUGUCGCGAUACAGGCGGCGAGCUUUUACGGCAAUACGCAAAGAAGACCGAUCGAGACGCUAGGCGAACUGACGCAGUGGACCAGUGGACCAAACAGCAAUAUACAUUCGAUUUGCCGUUUGAUAACGAUGACAUCAGCAGCCGGAAGAGAGCUCUCGAGAACCUCACUCCUGGGACCGUUUCUCUCGGCAUUGGUAUUUGCCGAAGUGCAACCAAAACAUCUGGAGAGAUUCUUCUAUAAAACUCCUAGAAAUUCGAACAGUUUGAAGACUUUCGUGCUGCAGCUAGGGUUGGUGGAGAGUACCAGAAUAUCUUUGCACAAGAUGUUCGAUACAAUACUCGCGAAUAGCAGCUGCCGCGAUGCCACUCUUGCGUACUUGGCGGCGUUGCUACGUCACAACGAGAAACGCGCGCAAAUACAGACGGAGGACAGUCCCUCCUUUGCCGGAGAUGGAUUUAUGUUGAAUCUACUAUCGAUUUUGCAAAUGCUCUCUGUGAAGAUCAAGCUGGAUACUGUAGACUCGCUAUAUCCAUUUCAUCCCUUCAAUUUCGUCGAGAUAAAGAACGACACAAGACUGAAACUCACUUCGCAAGAGGUUGCGGAAUGGCAGAAACAUUUGGACAGCACACAUAAAUGGACGGAACCGAAGUUUCCGACACAAUGUUGGUUCCUCACGCUGCAUUGUCAUCACAUCGUACUGUUACCCGCGUUGCAAAACUAUUGGAGAAAAUUGUAUGACUCAGAGGACUUACAAGAAAUGCUCGACGAACUGCAAGCUACAGAAUCUCAAUGGAAAGAUGGUCCUUUAGCGGAGCACAAUAAAGACUUGAUCCAACAAUGGAAGCAACAGUUGAAGCAACUGGUUACAUUCAAAUUAUGUGCAGAGAUAGGAUGGUCUCUGAUAGAGCCCAUCUUUUUGAGAAGAUGCUUAGGCUUUUAUAUAUCGGUCGCCGAAUUUUUGCUGAGUCUUCUAACGCAGACUGCUCUGAAUAAUUCUUUUCCCGAACUUCCGUUGCCUCAAGAAGUUAUGUGCAAAUUCACCGCAUUACCAGAAUGGUAUGUGGAAGACUUAGUGGAAUUCUUGUUAUUCACAUUCGAAUUCAACCCGUUCGGGUCAUUCUACCCGUGGUUUGAUAUAGAUAUAUCGCCGCUUUUUACUUUGUUACUCGUCGUCGUGUGUACGCCACAUUGUAUACGAAAUCCGCAUCUUAUUGCAAAAAUCAUCAAGGUUCUUUAUAAGGUUCAGGUAGGAGUUUUUACACGAGGAACAGAAACUUUUGGCCACAUAUUCAUGGCACAUCCUAUAUCCAAGACAUUUCUGGCGUCGUAUCUCAUGAAGUUUUAUACCGACGUUGAAAUCCUUCACAUUAGUUCCGGAUUUAAGGAUAAGUUUACGAUAUGUUAUCACAUAAGUGUGAUUUUAAAUUCGUUGUGGCAUAGCCCGAUGCAUCGAGCGUCUAUCGUCAAUGAGAGUAAUAACGGCAAGCACUUUGUCAAGUUUAUCAACAUAUUGAUGAACGACAUCACCUUCCUGCUCAAGAAGGUUCUGGAACAUCUGAAGUAUAUACUCGAGGUGGAGGAAUUUAUGUCCGAUAUUAUCGCGUGGAAUGCUAUUUCGCAGGAGCAACAACAAUCGAGAACGAGACAGCUGGCGGCGGACGAGGCCCAAGCCAGAUUCUCUCUUACAUUAACCAAGGAAAUAGUUGCCAUGUUUCAUUAUUUAACAGUCGACAUUAAGGAACCGUUUCUACGACCGGAAUUAGUCGGACAAUUGUGUGCCAUGUUGAAUAUCAAUUUGCAACAGUUGUGCGGAUCUAAGUCUGAAAAUUUGACAGUGAAAAAACUGGAAAAAUACGGAUGGCAACCGAAGAAGUUAUUCAGUCAAUUGAUUGAUAUAUAUUUACAUCUUGACUGUGAUAAUUUUGCGGCUGCUUUAGCCAAUGAUGAACAUUUGUUUUAUAACGAGUUAUUCACUGACGCUGCGAAUGAAUUAAAGACAUCAGCCAAAACUACGACGGAAAUUGAGAGUUUCGUAGCUCUCGCUGAGCGUGCGGCGGUAAUCGUAAGAGACAAUCGCGCGCGUGACGACGCUCCUAAGGAAUUUCGGGAUCCAUUGAUGGACACUCUUAUGGAGGAUCCAGUCAAGCUACCGUCUGGUAUUGUUGUGGACAAAGCAGUUAUCAUUAGACAUUUACUCAACAGUGUCACGGAUUCUUUCAAUCGGCACCCGCUUAGAGAAGAUAUGCUUGUGCCAAUGCCCGAUUUGAAAGAAAGAAUAUCAAUAUGGAAACAACAAAAGAAACAGUGCUAAAGUGACAAGAAUUAUGCACAUAAAAAAAAAUAUAUAGGAAAGGAAAGAAAAAGGAAGAAAAAGAUAAGCAUUAUAAAUACCUAUAUAUAUACGUAUGUAUGUAUGUAUCUAUGUAAAAUAAUGUAACACAAUAAACAUACAGCAAUAUAUUAU